AGGAGCUUUUCUGGAGUAGUGAUUUCCCAUCUUCUUUCAAUAUGGCCACGGUGCUUCCUAUUAUGGGUGACCAAAAGGACACAGUGAACUAUAUGAAAAGAAACAAAGACUGGAGAAUGGCGAAAAACAGAAAUGGAACUGGCCCAAACAAACUGUCGGGUUCCCUUAAAGACUCCUUUGAAACACUGACAACCACUCGAUUUCUUGAAGCAUUGAUGUGCGAUCUGGGGGAUGGGGAUGGUUUCCUUCACUACUUGACUCGGUUUGAGGAUCCACAGAAGAUUCAUCACCUAUUGCUGUGGAAGAAGCUAAAUUUUUACGAAAAUGCACAGGAGAACCAGGCAAGCCAGUCUGAAAAACGUAAUAUAGCCUGGCAGAUUUUUCAUAUGUUUCUGGCCACUUAUACAGAACGCAAUUCAGAGCUUAGUUCCAGUAUGCUAGAAUACAUCCAGCAUCUUGAGAGAAUGCUUUCCACUGGCAAUGGAGACUUGAUAUUUUCUGCUUUUGAACCCAUGAUUCAAUAUGUGCUGCCUAUUCUGGGUAGGGUGUGGCUCCAUUAUGUUCGCCAUGAAGUCACAACUUUCCUCGAAUACUGUGUACCAAUGUCUCAUCUGGAUGUCCAAAGUACUAAAAGCAAAGACCAUAGAAGCAAGCAGGACAGAAAUGGGAGGAUAAAGAAGCAGAAACAAAACACCUAUGUUCAUGACUCAAAAGGCAGAGGGUUACACGGGAAAAGAGAUAGAAAGAAGGUGGUUUCCAAAUCUCCCAGCACAAGCAGUACAGAGCAGGGAAGUAGGGAAAAAUCACCAGUUCUUCAGGACUCACCCACCCCUCAAAAUGUGCCAGAUUUUCUUAGCAACCCAGUUAUCUUAAAUGUGUAUAAAAAGGCAGCUUGUAAAAUGCAGAAUAUAGAGCUUCAAAUGGUUUUAGGGCUCCUACAGGAAGUGGAGGCCUGCUUGGAAGCCCCAGGGUAUGAAAAAUACCUGAAUUGUGCAGUUAAAUUUCUAGACAUCUGGGACAAGCUGGGGGCUUUGAGAUCCAGUAUCCCCUUCCCCAAAGAACUGAAGAAAAGAAUAAAGGAAGAAGUGGCCCAGGGAGAAAUUACCGACUUCAGCUGGAAUGAAAUCCAACUCUUAUUACGUUCCCUGGUUGUUCCUGCUUUUGAGCAGUUUUGGGAUGAGAUGAGUGAAGGGCUGAAGAAAUAUGGACUGGUGCCUUCUCAGAUUCCAGAGGAACGCUGGUGCAAGCUGGAACCAUUCCUACAAGUGAUAGCUGGAAAAGUAGCUCUUAGGCAUUUAAGGAACCGGGAAGCACAGGAUGCAUCAGCAGCCACAGCAAAACCUACAAGGGAAGAUAAAGACUCUUUUUGGCAGUCUCUAAAAGAGGCUGCAGAAGGCUGGCCCACGGUGGAGAUGCUCCAUUUCCUUAAACAUCUCCAGGUGCAUGGAACACCUGUGCUGGAAAGUGGUUUGCAUUUUCUGCUGGAAGUGCAAAAGUUCAAAAAUGCUCAUCAUGCCUGGCCUGACAUGGCUCUUUUGAAGAAAAAGGUUCUGGUAAUACGUGACUGUUUCCUUGCUUCUCAGAUUGAGCCUCGGCUACAGGUGGCAGUGGAUAAUAAGAGGCUGGGCAGAGCUAUCCGGGCAGCUGAGCAGGCCCUCCAGAAGGAGAUUCCACCCCCAAGUUUGUUUGACAGUCUGAAGGAUUCAGUUGCCAUCAUCCUAAUGCCAUACUGGGCUGCCUUUCAAAAACACUGGCUCAAGAGAUCUGCAGCAAGUGCACAAAGAGCCCCAGUGCUGAGAAAUCAGCUGCUUCUGCAGAAGAGACAGGCCAUGCUCAAUGAAUCGCCGCCAUCUCUUCAGCUGCCACCACUCCAGCAGCCCAAAGGAGACGAUGGAAGCAAGUCUCAGGAUGGUUUUAUAUACUCUUUCUCCGUCAGUGAAGGCCUUAUAGUACGGAAUACAAACAAAAACAUUCUGAACUUUAACUCUGCUGUGUUCAGAAGCAUGAACAAACCAAAUGGAUUUGAGUUUCCUUCACUUCAAUGUACCAGUGUUGAUUGAAGCAAGGAAGAAAGGUGCCUUCAUAUAGUUCUCAAUACUUUACAUUGUAAAACAUUCUAUGUGUUGCUAGUCAAUCAUGUAUUGGGACAGUGCUUGAUUGUAGUUCAGUUAAGAACAUGCACACAUGUAUGUAUUUUCCCUCUCUGUUGUUGACAGGGGUGAUUUAACAAGGAAUUUAACAAGAUUUAAGAAAACUCAAAAUCUUUUGAUUGCCAAAAUAUCAUCAGGAGCACUUUUAGGAAGCUUGGAGUCUAAAAAUAAGAGAUUCUGCUUUUUCCAAGAAAGGUUCAUUAGUUCCUACUAUGGAUUUACAGCAACAGUCCUUUCUUAUAAAAAAACAUUUCAUGGCUAAACCCUGAGUCUAUGGGAAAGACUCAGCUGAUAAUUUCCAUUAAAUGACAAGAGGCUUAUAAGAGUCUCACAUUCCGAGAUUCUACCAAGGGCCAGACCACAUUUGCUAUAUUUGUCCCUCAAUUGGUCUACUACAACUUUCUUUUGAAAACCACAGGUUAUCCUUCCUCUGUUCCAAAAAAUAUUUUUAAGGUUAGCAAAUGGUCUUGACUUCAGAAUAACGUAAAAAGGAUCAGGUUAGGAUAAAAAACUGAAUUGAAAAAAGUGGUAGAUGUGAUCCAUCUAAAAUUAAUCCAGACAAACCCUGGCAGAUAAUCACAAACAAGUAGAUGAUAAACUCUGGGUAUAACAGAGUUUCAGAGGUGAUUUGCGCCAGAAUUAUUAUUUGUGUGAAGCAGCUUUCAACAGCAAAAACUCCCUCCAAAGAAAUUCCUAUUUGCAAAAUUCAUACAACCAGCCAGAGAAAGGCUGGCUAGCAUACUUACCUAGAAAUAAUUUGUUCCAUUGCAUUGUCAGGUCUUGGAAAAUGUAAUAACUUUUUGUUCUACUGGAUAAAAAACAUGAUUUUGCAGCCAACAAACCUAAGUCCUUUAUUGUCAGCAUUGUAGUUAUUUUUUCUUAGCAGCUAUGCAGAGAGGUUGAUUAUAUUUACCUGUAUGAUUAAC